AUGGCACCGCCAGCGAUUCCCGCCUCGCGCAUGCGCGAUGGUCUCGAGGUGGUGCAUGCCUCGAUCGAAGAUUUCGCCACCACCUACCGCGCCUGGCUCACGCUCGCACCGGCCUACAGCUAUGCGCCUGCGCUGCUCCCCUCGGACGAUGCGGCGCAGUAUAUGCCAGAUGCCGAGACGCUCGCGAGAGCAUACUGUCCAAUCGCAGGCCCGCGGUGGGACGAGCAUCGCGAACGCAUGCUCGCCUCGACCUCGCUCAAGGGCCUCACGGUGCUGCGCAGCCAGGUCGAGUCCGAACUCACCGCGCUCGACCGUCUCACCGCAGAGAGGGGAAACUGGGACCAACCGCAUCCGUACUCGAAUGGGACCCACCAUAUCCGGUUCUGGGAAGAGAUCCUCUAUGUUGCAUUCGCACGUGGGCCCGUGGUGUCGAUCCAGGACCGCUUCGCGUUUAGCAUGAGCGCGGCCUUGCGACGCAAGAAAAAGAUGCGCAAACCAAGGGGGCAGAACGUCAACAGCCAGAGCGUCAAGGUCGACGUCGUGGCGAACAACGGCGAUGCAUGGACAAGGAUGUACAUCGUCAAGCCCGAACGGCUCAGGCAGGAGUUCAGGGAGGCAGAGAGCUACAUGGUCGACGAACAGGACUCGAGCACGGAUGAAGACUCCAAGUCGGAGGGCGCAGACAGCUUUCACGAACACCGGCAUACUCCACAGUGCUCGGCCGCCGCAGCGUCAGUCGCGUGGGAUGUGGCGGCGCAAAAGUGCUCGCUCACCAAGCUUGUUCACGAACUCAGGGCUGCGGCGGAUACAGAGGCGAGCGCGCGUGUCAAGCGGUCCGAAGAAGAUGGGAGGAGCUUGCCCUUGGUUCCGAUACGAGUAGAGAUCGUCGUGACGCGCAUGCAGCUCCAAGAGCCCUCGCAGCCUCUGCCGGAGGCGCUCGCCGCGUUCUACCAAAUGCCAGAGUGGGACCGCUUCAACCACCGCCUAGCCGCGAUCGUGCAAGAAGCAGAACGGUACAACGUCGACAUGGUGUUUGGCCACCGCUCGUUGCCGCUUCAUCUCGCCCGUCUGCCUCCCAGCAUCGGCCUCACGUCGAACGAAGAGGGUAUGGCGCUACCCAAGAUCGCACAGGCACCCAGCAAACCGCCCUGGCGCACCACGAGCAAGAUCAACCUCGACGUCACGGCGAUGAUUGCGCUGGUCAGCGAUACCACCCACGGCGUCUUUCGCGAAGGCAGCGCAUCGACCAUGCUGGAUGAGAGCAUGCGACAUCCCAAGAUCGAGGAUGCCGAGUGUGGAUCGGGCGCAAAGUAUCAGCAUCACUUUCGCACGUUUAGCAUCCGCAAGGAGGCGCUCGAGGCGAGAGCGGCCGAGCUGUCGCUGCACGACGAUGGGCACGACGAGGCGGCGCGCGCGCUCGACCAUGCGGCCGCAAAGGAGGGCAGGGCUCUGGCGAUCCAGCUCGAGCGCGAGCUCAAUGUCGAGACGCUCUUCGAUGCGAUCCUGGGCCCGAUCGCGGGCACCGGCGCGGCGCCUCGACAGCCGGUGCAGCUCUUUGCCACCGUGGGUGCGUUUGACAGGCUGCGUCGUGUGAGCGCAACAGUCGGCGGACCGAGCGAAAAGCGUCGCGUCAAAGCCCUGCUCGGUGAACCCGGGAGCGAUCCGCACGACUUUUGGCGUGGGUCAAAGUGGGAUGUACACGAGCACGAAGAGUUGCGUCGGUGUGUCGUGCUGCCCGUACAGGCGCUGCAAGACCUGGGGCCGGGAGGGUUCGAAUCGAUGGAAAGGCUCAAGCAGGUGUAUCCGGACCUGCCGCGUGCGCAUUUCAUCUCGCACAUGGUCGACACGCUCGAGAGCUGUCUGAGCGAGCUGUGGGGUGCGGACUGGCGCGAUAUCUCGGAGGAUCUACCGAGGAGCAAGUACAAGAAGCUGCGGCAGAGCACGGUGCACCAGGCGGGAGGUCAGACGUAUACGACGCUAAGGUCGAUGCAUGCGUGUGCGCGAUACGGCAUGACCACGCUCACCAGCAACAUGGACAGCGUACAGUGGCUGCUCAAGGAGAUGAGUCGACGUCCCUACUCGGACCAGACGAAGCAGGUGUUGCGCGAGGCGACGCAGCAGGAGCUCGAGGAGAUCAGAGCACAGCAAAGCGAGUUUGUGGCGUGCUUUAUCGUGCUGCACCCCAGAUCGUUGUCCGAGCAGAUGAGGGUGACCACCGAGGCGCCCGCGUGGAGAGAGGUGCUCGAUGGAUAUCCCGCGGACACCGGCAAGCAGUCAAAAGUAGAGACCAAUGGCCACGCGGAAGUACAGGGCUACACGAUCGAUGAUUCGGAGGAGCGUAUCGCGUCGUCACACGGCGUGGCGUUCUCGGUGGAUGCGAUUGCGCUGGCGAGGCAGCGCGAGACGUACGACAGCAGCCUGCACGCAUCGUCGCACCAGAGCGACAGCAUGGGUGCCAGUCAGCCCGACACGAUCAAGAAGCACUCGCCAAUGACGCCGCUCGGCCUGCAGCCCGAGAUCGAACCCAUCUUUUAUGCCGAGCACGCCGAGCACGAGCAGGCGCCGACAGUGCGGCGUGGGGUGACGGACCGCUUGCGCGCGUUUGUACUCGGUCCCCAUCCACCGAAACAUCUCAGCCUAGGGCAUUAUCGGUGGUGGCCGCUGGCCCGCGUCGAACGGGCUUGGAUCCGCCUCACCAGCGCGCUCGCAUGGAAGCAGCCCCCCGAAUCCACCCACUGCUUCGGAGGCGGCGCCGAGAUGGAUUCGGACGUGCCUCCCGGUCUCGCGUGGUGGCGCAGCGUCACGGCGGACUUCAAGUUCAACAAGCUGCACUGGAUCGCCCUAGUAGCGGUCUACAUCGGCUGGAUUUUGGGCUUUGCAUUUCUCGCCAAGGCGAUGUGGUACGAAUCUUCCCUAACUAUCGACGGAAUGGAGAGCACGCCGGCGUUUCUGUCGUGCACCUCGACGUACUGGCUGCGCAAUGGCGAGUGCGGGAUCAACGGCGAGGCAUGUGCGCCGUUCUACACGCCCGCUGCCGAGGCGGGGCAGCCAUUUAGGUGCCCCGCAAAGUGCGUGGAUGUGACGCUGCUCAAUCCGCGCGCGGUGGGUGACGAGCUGGUCAACUAUCGACCACUGGUAGUUGGGGGUGGCGAUGCGAAUCGCACGUAUCGCGGCGACUCGUUCAUCUGCGCGGCGGCGAUCCAUGCCGGCGUGAUCCGCAACGAGCGGGGAGGGUGCGGGUCGGUGCGGUUGGUCGGCGCACAGGCUGGAUUCGACGCAAGCACCGCGCACGGGAUCGAGUCGGUCGCAUUCGAUGCAGCCUUCCCGGUGGCGUACAGGUUCGAAGCCGUGCAGGGCCAGACGGACUGCACGGAUCGACGGUGGCAAGGGUACGUGGUAAAUGCGCUCAUGACGGCAGUGGUCGGGUUCGUGCUGCGCCCGAAACGAGUUGUCUGGUUCUGGACGCUGGCGUGCGUGGGCUUCUGGCACAUCACGCUUGUCUCGGAGCCGCGCGACUAUCCUCCGCCCAUCGGCGCAGCUGUGGGCGACUUUCUGCCGUUCCUCUUUGUGUGCUACGCCAUCUGGCGGCUAGCCUUCCGCUUCGUCUGGCCCGCCUUCACCCACCUCCCGCUCGAGAGCACGUUCUGGACACUCGGCUUCUGGUGGCUCGGUGUCUUGCUCAAUGUGGUCUUUGACAAGGUGCCGUUGCAGCGACUGGUGGCGCGCGACAUCAGCCAGCAGCCCGGCAGUUUGGUUGCGCUCAUCGUCAUCGUGGUGGUGGUGGUGGCGAUCGCGGUGAACCAGGUGCGCGUGAUGCGCGCGACGGGCGAGCUGCCCAAGUACCUCUCGCUGUACGCUGUCGGCGGCGUGGUGGUGGGACUGGCAGCGGCGGUGCCGGGCGAAACGCUGCGUCUGCACCACUACAUCAUCGCGCUCGUGCUGCUACCUGCGUGUGCGUUCCCCACGCGCCUCGGCCUGGUCUACAUCGCCUUUCUGCUCGGCAUGUACACAAACGGCAUCGCAAGGUGGGGCUUCGACGGCCUGCUGCAGGAUAACGCCGUGGUGCAGGGAGACGCCACGGGCGGCACCGCAAGACCGAGCUUCAACACGACCGCGCGAGACUGGGCGCAGUCGGACGGGGUGGUGCGGUGGAAUGCGUUCGAGGAUGGCGGGUGGGACGCGUACCAGCUGCUGGUGGAUGAUGUGCUGCGCUACCAGGGUGCGCAGACGAGCUUUAAUCUGACGAGCGUGGUGAAUACGAUGGUGCAGCAGAUCGAGGCAGACGGACAGCCGCUCGACACGGCGCCGAGCAACUCGACGAUGGGCGCAAAGCACUAUGUGCGCGUGGCGUUUAGCGCGGCUGGCAGUCCCGGCGACUUUACGCGUGCGGCUGUAGCUCUAGCCAACGGGACAUGGAUCCCCGCCCCACCCGGCGCAACGUAG